AUGUCAAAUGAAAUGGGUCGCAGAGAAACACGUUACUUACAAACUUUAAACUGUGACUCAAUGGCCCAGCAAAACAUGAAAAUGCGUCCAGUGCUGCUGAAAAGGAACAGUCUGGACUCGGCAGAUUUUAUGAGACACCCCCAGCACCGCAGGAGCAAAUCCCAGCAAGUUCGGUUCAAGGAUGACGGUGUCAGCACCAAGGCACAGCUGGAAGCUCAUCCUGCCCAAGACACAGCAUUCUCAACUGGAAAACCAGAAAUAUUUAGGGAUCACAAUUUUUUGCUAGCUCAGUCUCCAACUUUUCCAAGGGCUCAGAAGGGGCUUCGGAAUAUUGCCAUACAAACUUCUCCCAGCCUCAGGAAACACUUCCCGGUCUUUAAAAGGAAAAAGCUGACGGUAAGCAAGUCGCUGACAGAAAUGCCAGCGGAGCCUGCAAACCCUAUCCAGGUAAAUGGCAAUCUUUGCGAAGCAGACAUUCUGUCCUCAGAGCUCUGUUACCUGAGGAUAAGUAAUCACUUGGAGGAUGGAUGCAGGAAUAGCGAGGUGGGCUUGGCUCAAAGGUCAUCAAAAGCACAAAGCAAUGGACCGAAGUACUCGGACGAUUUCUCAGCCUCAGACAAGACAACUGCGUCUACACAGGUGCCUGAAUACAUUCAUGUGAGUUUUCCACAGGACAGAAACGUUCCCCUGGAUGCACCAGACACGACCACAGUUUUGAGUAAUUCACUACACUCUUCUACCGUCAUCAACAGCAGCGAAAGUCAUGAAAACAGCACACUGUCAUCUGAUUCUGAAAGAGCAGAGCCCUGCCUAAGCAAUUCUGUGAGCUGCAGUGAAUGGAACCCCCACUCUGCUGCUCGUGAAACGGAGAAAAGCGACCCUGAGCUGCCUGUAGCCAGUAGAGAUGCCAGCAGUAAGGAAAGCACUCCCCUGUCACCCCCAUCAAAUCACAGCUCAUCUCCUUGUUUCCUCAGAGACUGUCACCAGGCAGGAGAGCACAAGCCAGAUUCCAGCUGCGUGACGUUACCAAGUGAUGAUCACCCAACAGUGGCACUGGCCAGCAGUAACGCACCAAAACCACGGCUGUCAUGGAACACUGAAAUGGAGAAAAAUUCCACCCAGUCAGAUGUUUCCCAGUCCAACAGCUGUUUAGAAGGAUUUCACAUAAAGUCUUAUCCGCCAAGGAAUGAAAUAAACCUGCAAAGCAACAAAGAGAUUAACGAAAUAAAUCAAAUUCACUUGGCACAUGGCGAACUCUGUGCCCUACAAGGCAGGCUGCAGUCUGUAGAGGAAUCCUUGCAGUCGAACCAGGAGAAGAUUAAAGUCCUUUUGAAUGUAAUCCAAGACCUGGAAAAAUCCAGAGCCCUCAGUGAAGGGCGAAACUUCUACCACACUGGGCAGGACCUCAACAACUGCAGCACCUGUCAGAACACGGCGUGCAUCAUUUACAGUGUAGAAUAUGACUUCAGACAACAAGAAGGAAGAUUUCAUCAGAUUUUGAAAACACUGGACAAUGCAGAGCAAAAUCCAGCUCCAGCUUCACCUCAGAAGCCUCCACCUGAUCCUCCAGCUCCCGAGAAAAAGGAGUUAAGGAGAAAAACAAAAAAGGUGAAAAGAAAAUGCUUCUGGUGGAUUUGACUUCCUCAUGCAUCCUUUUACAUUUCAAAAGACACUAAAACAGAAAGAGCCUGAGAGCACACACCUGAAAAUGUGCUAUUAUGAAAUCAAAAAGGUUAAGAAUGUUUAAUUAGUGUACCUGAAAAAUCAAAAUAAUUGAAUUUAAUUAAAUCAGCUCACUGAAUAAAGGUGCAUGAAGAUACAAUUUUCAAGAAAAGGAAUUGUUUCUUUCAAAAGGAAGUUCUCAUUUUUUUCCAAGGACACUUUCAUAUGCUUUGUAAAGACCUUUUUUUCAACUUUCCAAAAAUAACAAGUUUUAAAUCUCUACUUUAAAAAACAAUGGUAGACAAAGCUAAGCAUGUCACAUGGCCUUCAUUUCCCAUUUAUAAGCAACGUGGACUAAAAGGAAAAAAAACUUCAUCGAGCUUUGAACAAACCACAUAAUCAAGAACAAAUUCAGGGAAACCUAAAUUGUUCAAACAAAUCUCUCCUCAAAGGAGACAAUUAUAAUUAUUUCAUAUCCCCAUUGAAAUAAUUUUGUUGCUGUCAUCUAAUAUUGAACAACAAACAAAAGAAUUUCAGCUUAAGUUUUAACUCUAUCCUUUUCUUUGUUCAUUAUAAAAAGCCACCAUUUAGAAGUUUCAGCCAUUUAAUGGACUUCUCUGAAAAGAACUGGGGAGCUGUAAAACAAGAGAAGGUCACAGUAACUCUUGUCUUAAACCCCUGCUCAAGCAAGGUCAGUUCAGUGAAUUUGAGUCGUAUCUCCAAAGACAAGAAUCCUCAGCUCCUUGGGAAAGGCUGUUCCAGGGUUUUUCCCUAACAUCUACUCUGAACCUCCUGCAUUCUGGUUUGUGUCCACUACACCUGGCUCUGUCCAAGUACACCUGCAAGAAGAGCUCCAUGGAUAAUGAGUCCUCUCUCCUAAAUCUUCCAAAAGACUGAACAAACCCAAUUGUCAUUGUCUCAUCUCCCACGCUGCAGCCACAGCCAUCCUGCUGAUGUCCCUGCAGUCAGCUGAUGUCUUUCACACACCUGGAAGCCUAAAACUGGACACAAUCCCUCAGAGGUCAUCACACAAUUUCUGGAUAAAGAGGAAUAACUAUUUUGGCUACUGUCUAACUGAAUCAUUUGCCCAGUCCAUCCAUUUAAGAU